ACGGGUCAAUUCGCGCAGAAUCAAAUUAUUUGAUAAUUUUAGUAUUGAAAAUCUUGUGGGUUGCGAGGUGCGAACCGCAUUAUUCGAGUUUAAAAGUGUAGUGCAAGCAGUAUUGGAAAUAUCCAGACACCUGGGUUUUCCUUAAUCAUGUUCUCUUUAGUUCCACGGGGCCUUGUUUCAGGGCUGUGUAAAAGCUCCAAACAUUCCUUGGGCCAGAAACCUUUGAUUGAAGCACUGAAUCUUUUAAAUGACGAUUCUAAAAGGUGCUAUGGCGUGGUUGGAGACAUUCUCAGCCCCUCACAAGUGUUGGGAAUCGAUCAUCUUCGGGAUCCAAGGCUAAAUAAGGGUCUUGCGUUUACUCUAGAAGAACGGCAAGCUUUGGGCAUUCAUGGUCUCCAACCAGCAAGAUUUAAAAGUCAAGAGGAGCAGCUGGAAUUGUGCAGAAUCUCAAUUGAGCGUUAUCAGGAAGAUUUAAACAAAUACCUCUAUUUGACAGAGUUACAUGACCGCAAUGAAAAACUGUUUUUCCGUCUGCUAUCUGAAAACAUCGAGGACCUGAUGCCGAUCGUAUAUACUCCAACCGUCGGUUUGGCUUGUCAAAAGUUUGGAUUGAUUUACCGAAGACCCAGAGGACUGUUCAUCACCAUAAAUGAUAUUGGACAUGUCUUUGAUGUCCUAAAAAAUUGGCCUGAACCAAAUGUAAAAGCUAUUGUUGUCACUGAUGGAGAACGUAUCCUUGGUCUUGGUGACUUGGGAGCAUGUGGCAUGGGUAUUCCCGUGGGAAAGCUUGCUUUGUACACAGCAUUAGCCGGUAUCAAACCCCAUGAAUGUCUUCCAAUAGUAUUGGAUGUAGGAACAAAUAACCAAGCAUUAUUGGAGGAUCCUUUGUAUGUAGGUCUAAGGCAAAAGCGUGUUACUGGUAAAUUAUAUGACGACUUUGUAGACGAAUUCAUGGAAGGAGUCGUAAAGCGCUAUGGUCAAAAUACUCUUAUACAAUUUGAAGAUUUUGGUAAUCAUAAUGCUUUUAGAUUGCUGAAGAAAUACAGAUAUAACUACUGCACUUUUAAUGAUGAUAUUCAAGGAACUGCGAGUGUGGCAGUUUCAGGACUCAUGGCUUGCAAAAGAAUUACUGGCAAGAAAUUCGCUGAUAACACCAUUUGUUUCCUCGGCGCAGGUGGAGCUUGUUUGGGUAUUGCUGAUUUAGCCGUACGAGCCAUGGUAUUGGAGGGAAUAUCAAUAGAAGAUGCCCGGAAAAAGAUUUGGAUGUUUGACAUUGAUGGUCUUUUAGCAAACGAAAGGCCAGAAGGCAAUCUUGAAGGACAUAAGAAGUACUAUGCUAAAGAUCAUGCUCCUUCAAAAGAUUUUGCUGCUUUAGUAAAUGAAAUUAAGCCGAGCAUUUUGAUUGGUGCAUCUGCCACUUUUGGUGCGUUUACACCGGAUAUUUUGCAAGCUAUGGGCAAAUUUAAUGACCGACCCGUAAUAUUUGCUUUGAGCAAUCCAACUGAUAAGGCUGAAUGUACAGCCGAACAAGCUUAUAUUAAUACUGAGGGUCGUUGCAUAUUUGCUAGUGGAUCUCCUUUCCCACCCGUCGAAAUUAACGGUCAAACAUUCAAACCUGGACAAGGCAACAACGCUUAUAUUUUCCCAGGUGUAGCUUUGGGGAUUCUUACAUCGGGCAUACACCAUAUUAGCGAGGAUGUGUUUUUAAUGGCCAGCGAAACGGUUGCUGAUUGUGUUACGGAAGACGAUUUGAAGAAUGGUCGCAUAUACCCGCCUUUAGGCGAAAUUCAAGAAGUGUCCAUUCAGAUUGCCGUCAAAAUAUUGGAGUAUGCUUAUAAAGAACGGAUUGCCACAGUAUAUCCGAAGCCCAAGGACCUGAGGAGAUAUGUAGAAGAGUUACAGUAUAACUACAACUAUGAACCAUCUCUGCCUAACUUAUGGCCGUGGCCGAAGGCACCGUACAUCAAAACAAAAUGCAUGGAGCCAACAAAACUAAAGGCAUAAAUUGGAAUAUCUUGUCAUUUUAGAAAGUAAUAAUUUAUUUCACCUACGAUUAAUCGAUAUUAUUUUUUAUUGUUGACGUAGUGAAUUAGUGAAACUGUGAUUAAAGUGGAAUAUAAUACUUCAUACUUAUAUGAAAAAUGCAUGAAAAUAUUAGCAAUUUGUGUCCAUACGAUGUUGUAGCUUUGAUACAAGUAAGCAAAUUUGAUGAAAAUGUUACUUUAUUGCAUGGUACUCACAAUAACAUAAUAUUUUAGUUUUUGUUUUAAAGUGUAUCUUUAAGCAUACUUUGCAAUAUCGAUAACUACUGCAGUGUCGAUUUCCGAAAUAAAGCGAUAUUUCAAUUUUAAUGAUGAAAGCAAGGUAAUUAUGUCAUACUAUGUAAAGGUUGUUAAUCUAGACACUGCUGAGGACUUAUUAAUAUUUAAAAUGUUUUAUGAAGUUAAAUGUGUGAUUAUUAUAAAUGUUGCUAUUGUCACAUAUUUUUGAAUAUUUAAAAAGUUGCAAUUAGUAUUAUUAUUUUUUAUUAGGAAAUUACUUGUAUAGACAUGAAUUGAACGUGUUCUUGCAACUGCAAAAUCCUGUCAGUAUUUUUGUUCUAAUCAUUUACUUUUAUGAAAUUUUGUCUAAAUAAUACAGUUAUUAAAUGUUA